AGCAUAAUAUCCUUCCGUCGUUGUCUCACACGCACGAACGUUGCGAAGCUCAUUGCGGCCGCGAAGACAGUGCGUGUUUCUUUCCAUGAGGCCGAUAAGGAAUGAAGCGACAUAAAACUCGCGAGUGCGCACCGCAGCUCGAUGAUCGGACGACGACUGCAGUAAUUGUGCCAUGGACUCCACCAGGAGCUGGCUCGUGGCAGCCGGCUGCUGCUGGGUCAAUGUCUUUUUCGUCGUCGUUUAUCGGUCGGCAGCCAUCGUGUACGUCGGCAUCAUGGAUACUUUCCAUGUGACACGGGAAGAAGCCAUCUGGCCAGGCACCUUGUCUGUCACGUGCUACUUCACUGCAGCCCUGGUGGCGGGAAUCGUUGCGAGGUACGUGGCAGUGUGGAAGAUUACCUUCACCGCCUGCCUGGUCGCAGCCAUCGCUGUAUCGUUAUGCUUUUUCGCCACCGGAGUUACCUACCUUUCCCUACUGUACGGAGUUGUUCAUGGUUGGAGUGUCGGCCACGUGACAUUGUCCAACACGGUGAUCAACCAGCACUUUAACAAGUACCGUGCAGUCGCUUCCGGACUUAACCUGGCUGGCUUAUCGUUGGGCGGUCUCAUCUUCCCACCGGUACUCCAGCACGCCAUCGACGAAUUUGGCUUCCGGGGCUCAUUCUUAAUCGCUGGAGGAACAAUACUUAAUGGGACAAUCGGCACACUACUACAGCGCAUACCGGCUCCAAAACAACCUGGUCAAACUGAUGACAAACUCGCUGAAUCUUCCGAGGUAGGUGGUCGAAUUAUACGUGAGUCAGGUACCGCCUGUGUGAACUGGGCAUCGGAUUGUGACGUGGACAAGAAUGUUCAAGUUGAAAACACUCACUCUGUCAGUGUGCUGGACGGCACUGACUGCAUAGAAAACGUUAAUGGUGAAUCAUGCGGGAGAGGCAGUCUGAAAUUUGGCAUGGAAAAUGGCUGUUUCGAGCCUUGUGAAACAACGUAUGGGUACGUCUCGGUGGAAGUCGAGCUUUCGGUCCUAUGCACGGUACGUUUCUCGAGCACGAAUGAACGAUCUGGUAGUUUACGGGAAGUUGUGGAGACGAGGAGACGAGCAGCGUCGGCGAUGACAUCGACAACAGGUGCCACCCAGGCCCUAUGCCUAAGAGAACACAUAGACUGUGAAUACACGCAAGAUCGUGGAACACCCUCUCAGUUUAGCGCUAACAAUGCGAAGCCAACGUGUAGCGAGAAACACUUGCGUAACGAACUCUCGGCGAGUCGUGCUGAAGUGACAGCUGAAAGCGAGGAGCGGACGCCUCCAGAAGGCCUGAAGUCUAAAUUGUUGGUGGUCAAAGAACUGUUGAGUUUUCUCGCGCUCACCGAGUUCUAUGCAGUGGUUCUGGCCAAGAUUGUGAUAAUAACGAAUGCCAGCGUGUUUUCGACCAUAAUCAUAGACUUCGCCUUAGAUCGCGGCAUAGACAGAUGGAAAGCGCUCACUCUGAUCUCGGCGUUCACUGUCACGGACCUGACCGCCAGGCUUUCGUCUGGUUGGAUCACGGACCGAAAGAUCUUCUCGAGAAGCACGUUUAUGGCACUUUGCCUGGCGUCAUGGACGUGCGUGAACAUUUGUUUCGCGUAUCUCGAUUCUUACGUCACGCUUUUGGUAUUGUCCGGUGUCGCCGGCUGGUGCAACGGGUCGACGCAACCACUGAUCCCCGUGCUAUUCUCCGAAGUGGUGGACAUCGACCGCUUCAGCGUGGCCUACGGUUUCAGCUCCUUUAUAGUGGGACUCACUGCAUUGCUGAGGCCAUCAGUAACAGGCAAGUACAGGUUACUUCCGAGACCAGCUGGGAAACUACUCUGGCCUUUUUUUCGUAACUUCGGCGCUCACAGCGCUCUGUACGAUUCGUUGGACAUACGUUGCCACGAGACAAAGAUGGUGUCAGAACAGACGAACGAAAUAAACUGCAUAGAAUUCGCUGGGCUUCGUUUCUAAAGCACUCCGAUUUGUAAGUAUCACAUUUGGACUCGCUGGUGCAGCUAUAACACAAUAGCCGCUGCAAAGGCAUUGCAAGUCAACAGCGCAUCAUAUUGUUUCUUAGUCAACAGUGCAUCAUAUCAAGCACUGUGUGCUGAGAA